AUGUCUAAGAAUGUCUUGUUUGGAGCCGUUUGCUUGGCUUGCACGGAUACAAACGUUCCAUCCGAGUACCUGGAUGCUGGGGAGUUGAAUAUUCCACAAGCUGAGAGUUUGCUAGCUACACCUCCGGCUAUUUCAUUAGCUUUGGGACGGUUUUUCGAUUUGAAACGUUUACAACAUCAAAACUUAUGUCAGUAUCUUGACCUACAGUCGUGUAGAACUGGUAAGAAAUGGACAAGGAUUGCAUAAAAUAAUGUUAACAAUAUUUUCAGUGCAAAAUGUGAUCAUUUUCAUCUCGGAACAUUACGAGGACCGAUUAUGGGAUCAUUAUCUGUCAAAAAAGUGAGUAAGUUCUUUCUUUCACAUUGUUAUCUUCAAAGUUUAGUCUAACUAUCGAUCAAUGUUAUGCAGUAGCUGCUCAAAUAGUUGAUGCUGUGACUUAUCUACAUAAGAACACGGUUGUAGCUGGUCAACUUUCUUUGAACGACCUUGUAGUAGCCGGCAAAGAAGAUUUGACAGUUAAACUGUCACGUUAUGGAUUGUACCAUGUGGGAAAAGGAUGUGCUAAUCAUGUUAUUGGCAGCAUCUACUAUUUAGCGCCUGAAAGGAUAGCUACGUUGAAGUAUGAUUGUUACGCUACGUUUAAAUCUGACAUUUGGGCAAUUGGGAUUGUAUUAUUGGAGAUGUUUGGAGGCUUCAGAUUGAGCGACGUUUGGGGAUUGAAACAAAUGUUGUCAGUUCUACAAGGACUUAUUGUUAAAGGUAGGAAAUUGUUACUGUAAAAUUUGAUUUUUCUUCGUGAAAUAAGUUAUUUUUUUUAUUUUGGAAAAAUAUUAACUAAUAUAUAAUCCUUUGUUAAUUUUUGUCCAGGCUCGCUGAAAAGGUAUGUAUAUAAAUUCAAAGGUUAUAUGCAGGGCCGGGCGGGGACUAUUGGUCUGGGGGCAGGGGUCCAAAAAAUCGGCACAGGUAGCAGCUACCUGUGCCGACUUUUUGCGAAAAUUUUUUUCCAAAAAUCCACAGGGGGGACCACGUUCAAAUUUUUCGAAAAUUUUUUUCUGGGGGGGGAGUACCCCAUUCCGUCCCCCCCCGCUCGCGCCCGGCCCUGGUUAUAUGAUUACGAAUAAAAAAGUUACCGAGUUUUUGAUUUUUAUGUUCAUUUUCAGCUGAAAAAACAUCUUUGUAUCAACUUCUAAUUGACCGUGUUCAUUCCGUCUUUUCAAAGCCGGAACAGCUGAAACAGAUACCCAAAAACAUCAAAGAGAUCAUAUCAGAAUGUCUUCAGAUUUUACCGUCAAAACGACCGACAGCAGAAGUUUUACUGGAGAAACUUAAAGUAAUAUCUAAGCAGAAUGAUAACAAAGAUAAUUACAAGUGUAAGUUGAUUUUUGAAAUAACGGCCAAAACUACGAUUUUUUAAAUUUAAAUUUACAUAAAAAUAUAAAUUUCAGGUAAAGUUAGAGAUUUGCUGGAUGACCGAUCGAAAGUACCAAUUGCUGUGCCUCAAAGACCUUUACAUGAGUUAUAUUACCUAUGGAACUUGUGCGGAUCCGAUGUUUCUUCGAUUUUAAUUCAUAAAAAGUUCAUUCAAAUGAAUGCACCAAUAAGGUCGAUACCUACUAUGGUGGUCGAUGACUUUCAACAGUACGGUAAUGAAGAGUGCAGGAAAGUACAGGUAUGUUUUUACAUUUUGAGUUAUAGUCACGUUGUAUUCAGUUUAAGAGCAAUAUUAAUACUAUAAAGGCCAUUUAUAGGUAACAACAGAUGUAGUUCCUUUGCCAUGCAAAAACCUGAACGAUCGUUUGAAGAUUCUGAAUUCAAUUCCCUUUCGUGACAGUAUCGAGAUCUCAAUAGAUGAUCGGAAAUAUGAAAAAGAAUUCACGAAGCAAUCUCUAGUUGUAAAAGAACGUGACAUUGAUUACCAAUGUCGCAGAAUGUGCAGAAUCUCAAGGUUAAUCAGAUGUUAUCCAUACAAAGGAGAUCUGUUGUUGAAGGAGUUGGCCAUAGAUGUACCUCCAGUCUAUCGUGCUGAUGCCUGGUUGGCCUUGCUGAAUUUGAACAAGCAUGAUCUUGAUGAUGUGCUCAGUGAUGUAGAUGCAUUGUCGGAGCAUCCAAGUGACAGGCAGCUGCAUGUUGAUAUACCGAGGUGUCAUCAGGUGGGUUUUGGUUUUUAAAUAGUGAUAGUAAUUUCAUUUGGUGAAUUGAUUUAAAAAUUUAUUUAAAAUAGGCUAAAAAGCUGCGAUAUUUGGCAGAACUAAUGUUGUAGCUCAAUCUUUUUUAUACAAUUUAAUAAAUCAAUAUUUUGCUAUUUGAUUAAACAAAUAUACUGUUUUUAGUACGACGAGUUAAUGGCCACUCCAGCAGCCCACCACAAGCUGAAAGUGGUGUUAAAGUCGUGGUUGCACAAGGAAACAGAUUAUGUAUAUUGGCAGGGAUUGGACUCCUUGGCCGCUCCUUUUGUAUACCUCAACUUCAACAAUUUGCCUCAAGCCUUCUCUUGCUUCAGAAAGUUCAUCGACCGGUAUUUGAACGGCUUUUUCGUCAAAGACAAUUCUGUUCUUAUUAAAGGUAAGGUCACUGAUAUAGAUAGUGGCUGUUCAAGUUGUGAAGGUAUUUGAAUAGGAUUGUCAGCCUUUACCGUAAGGUAAUACAUUUAACCUUUGAAAGUGACUGUAGUGUUAAAUGUUAGCUUUUAGGUAACAUUUUAGUUAAAGCUUUUUAUUUUACAUAUCUAUUCUUGUCUUUGACCCAUUUUCAAUAGUAAUAUGGCCAUAUUUUUAGAAUACCUCUCCGUGUUCAUGCAAUUGCUGGCCUUUGUCGAUGCAGAACUGUUCACUCACAUGCAAGACCUCGACUUUCAGCCAGAACUCUUUGCUUUCUCAUGGUUCUUGACCUGUUUUGCUCACGUAUUCCCCCUGCACAAGAUCUUCCACCUAUGGGAUUCACUUUUAUUGGCCGAUUCUUCCUUCCCAAUCUAUGUUGGAGUAGCUAUCCUGGUUCAGUUUAAAGAAAACUUGAUGAAUGCUCAGUUCAAUGAUGCUAUAUUAUUGUUCUCGGAUCUUCCGGGUAUGUUUGUUUAUAUUAAGUUAGCUGCCGCUGUAUAUUUAUACGAGUGAAAAGGUUAUUCGAAUGUUUUUAAACUUAGCAUUGCCAUUUCCAGAUGUCCGCAUAGACGGUGUAGUGUCGACUGCGUGGAAGUACUACAAUUCUGUACCGUCAGGUGUCACGUAUCGUGAACAUUCGUCAGAAAGCAAGAAAAGAGCUGGGUAUGGACUGGUUUCACAUCAAUAUGAAAAGCCUAACUACCUUGACUGUGCAGCUCCAUACGUUUAUAGUACUGAUUUAAAAAAGCUAAUCGCUUCGAAUGAAGUACUGAUGGUCGAUUUGAGAUCUGAUUUCUUGUAAGUUUAAUUUAGGUUAACUUUGAAGUCUUGAUAUUCAUCACAGUGGUAUCUUAUUCAAUGUGUGCCAAUGAAAUUCAUUAGCUUUUCAAUUGAUAUAAUGAUAUUGAAUCUUUCAGACAUCAUCGACUGAGUAUACCUGGAAGUUUAUGUUGUGCAUUCGAAGAAAACGGAUACACAUUGACGGCUUUUCAAUCUACAGUAGGAAAUGCUGUUGAAUUGGCGGCUAAAAAUGGGCAUACGAUCUGUCUGAUAGACGUUAAUCCAUUUGCGAAUGCAGUACAGGUAUGUUAUUCAUAAGACUAUUUUUUAAAUUUACUUCAAACAAAAAUGUAACUAGGUUUCGCCUUUCGUGUCUUUUUAUUUAUAGUAUAUUACGAUGUAGUACAAAAAAUGUCAUUUUUUUAAACAAAAAUAAUAUUUUAGGCUUCUUGGGACCUUGUAAGAUCGGCUACAAAUAGAGUUUGCAUAUAUGCGGACGAUCUUUCAAUGGCUUUCAACUAA